ACAAUUCGUAUGAUAUUUGAGGAACAUCGUUACAGCUGACUAUAGAGAGAGCUCACAACUCCGAAAGGUAGUUUAAAUGGAAAUGUGUGUUCAGUAAUGUUCAAAAGCAAAGUUACUGAAACCAGGCGGUAGCUUUUACCACUUAUCGUUUCCCCUCGGUCAUAUUUGACUGUUACACUGGUUUGGCACUCGAACCACCGUUGAUAACAUCCUGGAGUAAAUUUUACAAAGUGUUUCUCAUACAGGUCAGGUUGCUGUGAUGGCGGUGAAGCUGCAAGGCUUUGAGUUCUGGAAGACCACGCUGAGGGGGGCGCGUUACGUCGUUGCACCCAUGGUGGACCAGAGCGAACUGGCCUGGCGUCUACUGAGCCGUCGCCAUGGCGCCGAGCUGUGCUACACGCCCAUGCUGCACGCGCAGGUGUUUGUACGUGACGCCAACUACAGGAAAGACAACCUGUACAGCGAAGUCUGCCCCGAAGACAGGCCGCUUAUUACACAGUUCUGUGCCAACGACCCAGAGGUGUUUGUCCAGGCAUGUCUACUGGCUCAGGACUACUGUGAUGCUAUCGAUCUCAACCUGGGAUGCCCACAGAUGAUCGCCAAGAGAGGGCACUACGGAGUCUUCCUACAGGAUGAGUGGGAGCUGCUGGAGAAGAUGGUGAAGCUAGCCAAUGAGAAGAUCUCUGUUCCCAUCACCUGUAAGAUCCGUGUGUUUAACAAGAUGGAGGAGACUGUUCAGUACGCUCAGAUGCUGGAGAAGGCUGGAUGCCAGCUGCUGACCGUCCACGGUCGGACCAAGGACCAGAAAGGACCCGCCACGGGCAUCGCUAGCUGGGAACACAUCAAGGCUGUACGGAACGCUGUUAACAUCCCUGUGUUCGCUAACGGUAACAUCCAACACCUGAGUGAUGUGGAGCAGUGUAUGGAGGAGACUGGAGUACAGGGGGUGAUGAGUGCAGAGGGGAACCUCCAUAACCCAGCUCUGUUUGAGGGUCACAGCCCUCCUGUAUGGGAGAUGGCUGAGGAGUAUCUAGAGGUGGUCAGUCAGUACCCUCCCUGUACCCUGUCCUAUGUCCGAGCACACCUCUUCAAGCUCUGGCACCACACGCUGCAGAUCCACAAGGACCUGAGAGAGGAGCUGGCCAAGGUGAAGAACCUGCAGGGGCUGACAGAGGUCAGCAGACAACUCAGACUACGCUGCCAGGAGGAGAUAACCAAUGGAGGAGAGGAGGCGGGGCAGGUGGUUGGGCUGCCAUUCCCUCAUUGGAUCUGCCAGCCGUACGUCAGACCAGUGCCGAAGGCUCCGGUUGCUAACAGCAACGGUACGGAGGUGAAGGCAGGGUGUCACAAGAGGGCGUUGUCACAGGAGGACUCGGACGGGGCGAGCGAUGCCCUCUCCAAAAACAAACAGAAGAAGAAAGCCAGGAACCCCCAGAAGAACUUCUGUCCCGAGCAGAAACCAAAGUACAUCAAGUGUGAGCAGUGUGGAAAUCCAAAGGGUAAUCAGUGUGUAUUCAACCUGUGUCGAGGCUGCUGUAAAAAGAAGGCCCACAAGGAGGUGGCAGACUGCCCAAGUCACGGGCUGAGGUUCAAGACCAAGGCAGAGAAACAGAAGUCAGAGCGGCAAGAGGAGGAGGAGGAGGAGGGAAAGAGCAGAGGAUUACAGGAGGAAGAGGAUGGAGGAUUGUUGAACGGGACCCCCAGCCCCCCAACAGACCCCCCACAGAGGACAGACUGUGGCCUGAGACAUGGACUAACAGGGACAUAGACAUCCAUUCAUAUGUAGAGCAGUACACACACACACACACACACACAGCAGGAUGUGGAGAACUUUAUCCAUCAACAGUAUACAGAGACACAAGAACGUAUUGUAAGGAACACACACGUGCAUCCAUACUGUCUCAUACAUACUCGCCACUGUCCUCCAUUGCUGCUGUGCUGAACUGGCUUUGAUGGGGUUUCACCACUACGCCCUCCUCCUCCUACCUGACUGACUGGGGGAGUCUUCCUGGACUGAUGUAAUGAUUAGACUCCUCCUACAUGACUGAUGUAAUGGAUAGACUCCUCCUACCUGACUGACUGGGGGAGUCUUCCUGGACUGAUGUAAUGGAUAGACUCCUUCUAACUGACUGACUGGGGGAGUCUUCCUGGACUGAUGUAAUGGAUAGACUCCUCCUACAUGACUGAUGUAAUGGAUAGACUCCUCCUCCUACCUGACUGGGGGAGUCUUCCUGGACUGAUGUAAUGGAUAGACUCCUCCUACCUGACUGAUGUAAUGGAUAGACUCCUUCUACCUGACUGACUGGGGGAGUCUUCCUGGACUGAUGUAAUGGAUAGACUCCUCCUACAUGACUGAUGUAAUGGAUAGACUCCUCCUACCUGACUGACUGGGGGAGUCUUCCUGGACUGAUGUAAUGGAUAGACUCCUCCUACCUGACUGACUAGGGGAGUCUUCCUGGACUGAUGUAAUGGAUAGACUCCUCCUACCUGACUGACUGGGGGGAGUCUUCCUGGACUGAUGUAAUGGAUAGACUCCUCCUACCUGACUGACUGGGGGAGUCUUCCUGGACUGAUGUAAUGGAUAGACUCCUCCUACCUGACUGAUGUAAUGGAUAGACUCCUCCUACCUGACUGACUGGGGGAGUCUUCCUGGACUAAUUUCUCUCUUGGACUUUAGCAUAACAAGUCAAGCUUUGAAGUCAACGGGAGAUUCACCCCCAAAAAGUCCAUGUGGGUCUUCCUCGUUGGUCUGCAGCCGCUUCUGGAAGGAGGAAGAGCUCAUGGAGUCGUAACAGUACAGGAAGGAGGAAGAGCUCAUGGAGUCGUAACAGUACAGGAAGGAGGAAGAGCUCAUGGAGUCGUAACAGUACUAUCCCAGUACUGCUCAAUCUCUACAUUUAUUUGUCCUUUUGGUUGUGGUCAAUAAUGGGACUAUUUCCUGGUGAUCUUUGUCCCCCCCCUGAACUAGAAGGAUAUUUUAUCACCUGACUGUUAGAAUGGUGACUGUCUGUUAGAAUGGUGACUGUCUGUUAGAAUGGUGACUGUCUGUUAGAAUGGUGACUGUCUGUUAGAAUGGGGACUGACUGUUAGAAUGGGGACUGACUGUUAGAAUGGGGACUGUUUGUUAGAAUAUCCUUCUGUUAGAAUGGUGACAGUCUGUUAGAAUGGUGACUGUCUGUUAGAAUGGUGACUGUCUGUUAGAAUGGUGACUGUCUGUUAGAAUGGUGACUGACUGUUA